AUGUCGGCUGCUUUACCCUACCUGCGCGCUCUCCGCAAGAGCGACCUCGUCACUCUGGCCGAGCUGUCGGACAUGAAGGAUUUCGCGGACAUGAAGAAGACGGAGCUCGAAGCUGCACUGGACACCCAUCUAUCACAGAACAAGACUCGUCUCUCCCACGAAGCAAAGCUGAGCGAUUACUACGAGAGACUGGCCCGGCCGCCGCGUGGAUCGCCCAUUAAAAAGGAGCCAAAGGCCGAAAUGUCCUCGUUCGACGGUUCGACCCCAGUUAAGCGCUCGACGCGUAGACGGUCAGUCAAGCCAAAGGAAGAAGUCGAGGCUACGGAUGACUCGGAUGCGCCUACGGACAAGUCUUCUCCUGCCCCGGAGCCGGAUCUGGCUGCUACCCAGACCCCCGCGCGUCCAACCAUCAAGUUCCCUUCUCUACCACCAUCUCCAGCAGUGGUGACGGACGCGAUUGACAGACAGACCACGAGAGUCCGCAAGUCUGUAUCCGAAGCUUGGGACCAGUCCGGCAUGACCGAGCGGACGCAUAGCUUGCGUUCGUUGCUCAGCAGCGUCUCAACCAUCCAGACCUUGGUCCUCGUUCUCGAACUGUUCAGCGUAGUUAAGGCCAUCAUGCCAUGGAGGAAGUUCACUAUCCCUGCCAUCGAGAGCCUGAACACUUCUUCCUGCACUCACAAUAUCCCAGACCUGUUCAACACUUUCCACCCCGCCUUCUGGUCUCCCUUGAUGCUCUGGACCACCACCAGUGUUGUCCUCCCGUCCGUCAUCGCCUACUUCUUCGACAUCAACCUUAAGAUGAGCCAGUCCGGUACUCAUGUCACCACCCGUCGAGCUGCAGCCGCAGCUGCAGACAAGGCCAAGGCCUGCGGUGAUCCAUUGGUGUUCAACGUAGCAAAGGCCCUGAUCGCCACUAUUGUGUACGGAAGCGGGUUCACCUUCUGGAACUUGUUCAAUAACUCUUCUGUUAUGAAAGUUGUUGACUCUGUUCCUGGUGGGCUGCAGGGUCUGCUCACCAGCUCCGCCAUUUGCACCCUAGGAAGCCUGUACGAAGCCAUCUUGAGAAAGUAG